AUGGCGCUACCCCUGGGCAAGCUGGGGGAUCUGGUGCUGAAGACGCUCAGCAAGCCGCUCGCCAAGGCCAUCAAGCGCCGCGCCGCUAGCCACCCCAAGUUCCGCGCCUCCAUCGCCAACUGGGCGCAGGUGCGUGCGCGCGCAGGGGCUCCGCGCGCAGGGGCUCCGCCUGCAGGGGGGACGCAUAGGGUGCGCGCACAGCCUCCGCGCAUAGAGAGCGCGGUUCCGCACAUAGGGUGGUUCCGCGCGCACUGCUACCCCAAGUUCCACGCCAUCCCGUUCCAUCGCCCACUGGCGCAGUUGCGCGCACAAUGGGUGCACGCACAUUGGUGCACGCACAUUGGUGCGCGCACAUUGGGUGCACGCAAGGGCGCCACCCGCAUUGCGCGCGCCUCGCACUCUCGUUCCCAACACCGCCUUUUGCUUCCCUCCUUCCCUCCUAUAGCCACUCCUCCAGCCAUCCCCUCCCCCUUCUCCCCUCCCCCCCAUUCCCCCUCUUCCCCCCAUUCCCCCUCUCUCCCCCCCCACCAAUGCCCCCCAGGGCUACCACCGGUUCACGGUGCGGCUGCAGCGGCGGCUGGCUACCACCGGUUCACGGUGCGGCUGCAGCGGCGGCUGUACGGGCAGGCCCCCUUGGGGCACAUCAAGCGGCUGAACGAGGAGAAGGCCGUUAGCACCGCUAGCGAGGUGGUGGGGGAACUGAUCGUCUUUGCUGUGGCGGGGGGCGUGGUGUUCAUUGAGGCGGCUAGGAGCGCCCGGUCGAAUGCUCGCAAGGAGGCCAAGCUGAAGCAGGAGCGUGAGGCGCUGCAUGAGAGGGACAGGCAGCUGGAGGAGGAGGCGAGGCGGCUGAGGGAGCGAGAGGAGCAGCCAGGAACGACUGUUGCUCUCUUCUUCAUGCCUCUCACCCUUUCCCUUGCCCUCUCUCGUUCUUUCACGUGGCAGGCGCUGCACGAGAGGGACAGGCAGCUGGAGGAAGAGGCGAGGUGGCUGAGGGAGCGAGUGGAGCAGCUAGAGGAGGCCCUGGCUGCUGACGUGUGGCUGCCACGUGUCCUCACCGGAUUGGCCACCGGCAGUGGGAGGGACAAGAGAAGGGGAAGCAGAGGGCAGGGGAGGGGGGAGCAGGGAAGGGGGCGAGAGAGAGGGGUAUGGGGUGGAGGAGGAACAGGGAGAGGGAUCGGCAGCAGGGAGCAGCAGCAGGGAGGGCAGUGA